AUGGCGGAGAAGGAGAAAAAGUGCGAGAUCGACUACAGCAAAUAUGUGGACGCAGCGACAAAACGCAUAGUAUACGGAUGUAUAGGCCUAGUCGUUACGGUUGCGGUUGUGGUUUUCUUGGUAUGGGCCAUACUACACCCACACAAAAUGGAUUUUGUCCUACAAGACGUUACCAUUUACGAGUUCAACAUCUCACAGCCAAAUCUGCUAACUUCAAAUCUCCAAGUCACACUCUCUUCUCACAACCCAAACGACAAGAUCGGAAUUUUGUACGAACGCCUAGACAUCUAUGCCUCGUACCGCAACCAAGAGGUGACUUUGGCGCAUCUAUUGCCGGAAACGUAUCAAGGACAUCUGGAAGUAACGGUGUGGUCGCCGGUUCUGACUGGAACGGCCGUGUCAGUGGAACCUUACCUGACUCCAGCACUAAACGAAGACAUAAACGCCGGGAUGGUGCUUCUAAACAUCAAGAUCGACGGUUGCGUUAAGUGGAAAGUGGGCACGUGGGUAUCUGAAUGUUAUCGACUCCUUGUCAAUUGUCCGGCGUCCAUUCCAUUCUCCGGUCAGUUAGCAGGUACCGGUCCGGCGAUCAAGGACCAGCUUGCUCAGCAAUGUGCUGUUGACGUAUGA